AAGAUGAAAAAACAUAACGGCUCCUUCCCGUCUUUUUGCAAUAGAUAACUGUUUGCAUAUUUAUUUUGCAUUUUGCAGCGGGGAGGGAGCGAGGGCGUCUAUUCCCGGGGAUUGCCGGUAGGCGAGGCAAAGGACAGUGUAGAGUUAUCUGGAAGUAUCAUUGGGUCCCAUUGUUUGUCGAAGAGCCCUGAUGUUUUACCAUCGUGUUUGAAAGAUCCCACCAGCCUCGUCAGAUCAGUCUCUUGCCCUGAUGGAAUUUCAGGGGUCCUGUGGGAGAGCCGAGGUGUUCCACAAGGAUUGGUGGUAAGGGGGUGGUGUCUGUGCACCAGUGGGGGCUGUGCUGCCUCUUGAGAAAGAUAAUGGCCACAGCACCAGAGACCACGGUUGAUGAAGAAUCGCUGAAGCAGGGAAAUCUAAUCAAAAUGGAGGAACAGGACUUUACAAGCUCCGAAUCAGGGAAAGAAAUGGAAAAAGCAGGGAAGACUGGUGAAAUUUUAUCUGGGGAAUCUCCACAGGUUGUGAAGCAAGAACCGGAGGAAGAGCCAUCCCAAAACUGGGAUGCCCAGUUGCAGGAAUUCCUGAAGAUGCUUCAGGGCCCUUGUUCUAGGGGGGACAGCCCACAACUGUCUGAACUGAGGCUGUGGAAUGAUAGUGGAUCAUCUCCAGUGCUUUCUGAAGGAAUGACAGAGGCCACCAAGUGGCUCAGUGGAUUGUGGGCUUCCCAAACGCAGUUGGUUUCCAUUGGAGAAGCAAAGCGGGACCAGCCAGCCACGUGCUGUGGGAAGGAGAAAGAGAAAGUCCAAACUGGAGAUGCUGUUAAGGCCGAGAUACGUCGCCAGCAUUUCAGGAAACUCUGCUAUCGAGAAGCUGAGGGCCCUCAGGAGACUUGCAGGCAGCUGCGGGAACUUUGCUGUCAGUGGCUGAGGCCCGAGAGCCACACCAAGGAGCAGAUCUUGGAUCUCCUGACUCUGGAGCAAUUCUCUGCCAUCCUGCCACCGGAGAUGCAACACUGGGUCAGGGAGAGCAAUCCGGAGAACUGCACCCAGGCAGUGACUCUAGCGGAGGAUUUCCUUCAGGCACAGCAAGGUGCCAAAGGAUGGGGACGGCAGAUUAAGGGUAUGUCAGAAGAUAUGUUUGUAAAUCUACCCAAGACAAGCAAGGAAUUGCCAGACGCAGCAAAGAAACAGCGUUUCACCGAAGCCGAGCAGUGUGUUGAUGGAAGUGCAGAUUUUUCAGGUGACGGGUGGCCAAGUGAAAAUGAUGAGCAGAAGCCUUUCGUGGAAAGCCCUGAGCAAGAGGGACCACAGAUGAUGUCGUUGGAAACGGCCCAAGAGAACGAUACCCCAUGUGGUGGAGAAAGUGAUGAGAACCAGUGCAGGGCAAACAGACAGAACAGAAGUGACAACAAUAAUGAAGUGGCUGAGUCUGUCCCUUCUGACUGCACUUUCAGAAGUCUUGAUGAAGUUACAGUCCAGCAGUGGGGAAAUAAAGUGAAAGAUGAAACGUGCGAGGAAAGCUUGACUCAGAACUUGUACCGACUUACAGGUGAAAGCAGCGACACGGGAGAGAAACCAUACAAGUGCUGGCACUGUGGCCAGAGUUUUGGUAGCAGCUCCGAUCUUGUGUCCCACGAGAGAACCCACGUGGGGGAGAAGCUGUAUAAAUGUGCCCACUGUGGAGAAAGUGAGAGAACCCACACAGGGCAGAAGCCUCAUAAAUGCUCACACUGUGGGAAUACCUUUGGGUGGAACUCGCAAGAGAGAAUCCAUGCUGGUGAAAAGCCUUACACAUGCCUAGAAUGUGGGAAAAGCUGCAGUCAGAGAUCAGACCUCCUUAAACAUCAGAGGACUCACACAGGUGAAAAACCAUACAAAUGCGCUGUGUGUGGGAAAAACUUCACAAACAUCUCAGGUCUCAAAGUCCACCAGAGAAUCCACACAGGGGAGAAACCAUACAAAUGCUCGCACUGUGGGAAAUGCUUCAGUUGGAGCUCUCACUUUAUGUCGCAUGAGAGAAUCCACACAGCAUUAUGCUCGUACUGUGGGAAAAGCUUCAGUCAAAAGUCGGACCUCAUCGAGCAUGAGCGAACACAUGCGGCAAAGGAGGUGUUUGCAUGCUUUGCCUGCGGGAAGACUUUCAGUGUCAGUGCGGAACUAGUUGCACAUGUACGGACCCACAAAGAGAAGCCUUUUGAAUGUUCUGUCUGUGGCAAGACCUUCCGGAACAGUUUGCAACGGAUCGCACAUCAGAAAGUACAUACAGGAGAGAAGCAGCAUAAAUGUUCCCAGUGCGGGAAAAGUUUUAGCCAGAGGCAGAGUUUGAUUAUUCAUGAGAGAAUCCAUACAGGAGAAAAACCAUACAAAUGUUUAGUCUGUGGGAAAAACUUCAGAAAUGUCCCAAAUCUUAAAUCACAUGAGAGGACACAUACAGGAGAGAAACCAUAUAAGUGUUCCUACUGUGAUAAAACCUUCCGCUGGAGCUCUCACCUGGUGUUGCAUGAGAGAAUCCACACAGGAGAAAAGCCCUAUAGAUGUUCAGAUUGUGGGAGAGCCUUUGACCGGAGGUCCAAUCUUCUUAUGCAUGUGAGAAUCCACACUGGGCAGAAACCUUACAACUGUUCCAACUGUGGAAAAAGCUUCACCUCCAAUUCUGUUCUCCUUCGACAUCAGAAAAUCCACGCAGAAGAGGAACCUUGUACAUGCUCUGAGUGUGGGAGAAUCUUCUGGCAGCGGUUGGACCAGAUUGACCGGACCAGAGAGAAGGGCUCAAAAUGUUCUGAGUGCUUGAGAAGCAGCUAUCUGAGCUCGGAUCUGGUGGUACGGGCAAGAAACUGUGGAGAGGAAAAGCCGUUCAAGUGCUCUGUCUGCGAGAAAAGUUUUCGGAAUAGCUCACACCUCCUCACCCACCAAAGUGUCCACACAGGUGUUCAGCCAUAUCAGUGCUCAGACUGUGGGCGGAACUUUGUGAGAAGACCCAAUCUCCUAGCUCCCACGAGCGACCACACAGGGCAGAAACCGUACAAAUGUCCUGAUUGCGAGAAGGGUUAGAUUUGGUACUUGGUGUUCUCAGGAAAAAACAGAACUGCUCUUGCUAACAGAGGUGUAGCUGGGCCAAACUGCACCAGGUGCACAGUCUAUAUUUUCUGCUCCCCGCCCUCAUGGCACCCCCCCCGUGGCGCCCCCC